UUCUCUCGAGAUGUCUCAAUGUGUCAACAUGUAUCCAUAAAAAUAUUUUCAUAAAAAAAGAUUUACAAGUUUUCCGUUGCAAAUCAAGCAGUUAAAAAAAAAAUGUGCUCGAUGAGAAAUAAAUGUGUUUGUUGAAAACGUAGAAGGUCACGUACAAAGUAACAUUUUGAUUAACAGUAAUAUAAAUUAAAUGCUCACAUACUUUUCACAAUGUUCAUUCAUUCUGACGAAACUAUUUACAAGCGAGAAAGUAAUCACAUUUUGUCAACAUCAAUAUAGCACAGAUGUUGACAAUUAAUCGCUACGUGUAUAACCCAAGCUGCCAAGUUCAAACGCAAUACCGAAGUUCAGGGAACCCAGAGUUCCGUGUAAAAGUCGUCCAACUACGAUACGACACGUUACAUUUAUUUCUUCAAUCAAUAAGUAUUGCAAUUAAACGAUACAAUCACUGGUAUCUGCAUAACUGUAUUUUGAUUCCAUCAAUUUUUCAAAACCGUGUUCGUAAAACUGUAUUAUUACUUCAUUUUAUCGAUACCUACAUACUCGCGUCGAUUCAUUUAUGAUUUCUAAAUAAUCCAAAAUUCGAAAAACAGAAUAAACGCCAUACUGUUAUACAUUGUACAAACUAAUGAAAAAAAGAAAUUGCAGAAAAAUUUCGUAAUUACUUAAUUAAUGAAAUACCGUUGAGCAUUAAUUACGCGAGUCCUACAAUUAAAAUAGUUUGUACAAUUGCGAACAGAUCAGUGCCGGUCAUCGUGACCGAACGAAUUUACUGAUUGUUUAUUGCGUGAACUGUCGAGGAAAGAACGAAAUGAAAAUGAUUGUUUCUAACAGGUCCAAAUUCUCUCUUUGAUAUUGUCAAUCUAUAGCGCAGUGUGUGUAUAAUGGUCAAGUAGAAGCGCGGACGGCGUAGCCAAUGGCGAACGCGGCGAGCGCGUAACGCGAAAAAGAGCGGCGGCGAUUGGUCGAAAUUCAUACUGCGAUGGAGGAUGUCGAAAGGAGAGGGGGGAGAGUGAAUGUGUGCUGGUCUGACCCGAACGCGGCUGCAUCCCCGUGCCAGGCUAACAAGCAAGUAGUAACGCUAACGUUAGAAUUUUGUCUUUUGUUUAUCCUUUAUGUUUCUUUCACCGGGAAAAAGCGGAGCCCGAGGAACGUGGUAUUGCCGGGUCGGGUAGCUGGUGCUCGGGGAUCGAGCAGAUAGUACGGGCCAGCACCAGUCGCACGGGCGAAAUUUUUCGGUGUGGAUCCAAGUAGUCGAAAGCGUAUUCAGGCAGCCUUCAACGUAAACAAAAAUGGAGCUGGGGGAGGGAGAAGCGCAGAUUUGUCGACUUUGCGGUCAAUACGAGAGGAUAUACAUCGAUGUGUUCAGUGAAGACGGCGUUAAAAGGCUACUAGGCUUGAAGAUUCACUCUCAAAUCAACAUUCUGAUAGAAGAGAACGAUGGAUUGCCGCAAGUCGUUUGCCUGCGAUGCAUGGGCGCGUUGGAGUUCCUCUGCGACUUCUACGACCGUUGUCAGCUCACCCAAAUGAAACUCACCGAGGAGGCAAAGAAAAACUCGGAGAAGGGAUUCGACAGCGAAAACGAUGCGGAGUCGAACAAAGAGAAUGCUUUGCCGAUCGAGGCGAAACGAAAAACGAAAGCACUGCCGCCUGAUAGCCCGAAAUACGCUAAGGAUUCCACGAGCGAGAGUCCCUCGGGACGCGCGGUUCUACAGGAGAACGCUUUAGACAGUAAGAAGCAGAAGUCAGGCGAUGCGAGCGUCCAGGAGCAAAGAUCGAAGAAUAAGGAGACGAACAACGCGAAGCCCGGUAAACCGAUGACUGAAAAGGAUGUGUCGAACCAACUGAAUCGCGCCAGUUCAGAAACUUUGAAUAACUACAUCAUUUCAAUAAAGGACAGCAACGUGCAGCUGGUGAAGCGAAGGGGGCGCAAAAGGGGUAGGAAGAGCAAACUGGAGAAGCUAAGAGAAGCCGGGCUGCUGCUGAACGUGAAAAGAGAGCAGCAGAAAGACUCGCACGAGACGAGAGGCGACGGCAGGCAGCGCAAGAGGCAAUGCCUGCGCGCGAUCUGCACGGACAAUCGGUCCAACUUGACUAACGGCAAAACUCUGUCCAAGUCGCAACUCGAGCCGACAGAAAAUAAGCUAGCGUAUUCCAGUAGACAUGCCAAAACUAAUGUAAAUAAUGUAACCGACAUGGAGGACGUGAAGGGGAUUGACAGAAGCCCUGAGAAAACGGAUAAGCCACCGGAAGGGAAAGAGGAGAAGAUUGUAAAGGGCAAAGCGAUAUCGGUGAUCGUGAAGCAGGAGAAAGUAGAGAGCGAAGCGUCCCAGGAAUCUGGAAAAGCGAAUCAGCUGGUUUGGAUUCCGAAUGAGAUACUCGCACGGGGACGAGAUCUGAUGCUGGAUCGGGAUCAGGAAAUCGAACAGGACACGAGUUUGAGUCAUUUAGAGGAUGAUACUGUGAAUUCUGAUGAUACUGAUGAUAAGCAACCGGGAACGCCUGCUGAAACUCGUGGAACUGUUAUAAGAUCCUCACAGACUGAGGUUGUUGAUUCAGAGGAGAGUAGGAAAAACCUUGAGGUAGUCAUUAAGUCGGAUUUGAAUGAUGUGAAGAGCGAUACGGAAUGCGAAUUUCCGGUGUCUAAGCGACUCGGUAAGAGUGGUAAUUUUGAUGGCAACAAGAGCAGGGACCGUUCGUUUGGUAAAAUCUCGGAUUUGAUAAGCGACGAACAGAAGGAGACGAUUGAGACUUAUUAUACUAUUGAUAUGUCGAUUGUGAAUUCAGAGGAGGUACAGAAGAAUAUAACGGUGGUUGAUAAGAAGAACAUGCGCUGUAAUAUCUGUGGCAGUCUCUAUCUUCGGAUGGACAAGUGUCAGGUGCACGUCUGGGGCCAUUUGCAAAUGAAGCCGUACCAAUGUAAAGCCUGUGAUUUUGCUACGGUAACUGUUAGCAAUGUUCGUUGCCAUAUUAGGAAGAGCCAUUUGAAGAUCAAACCGUUCGCUUGUAAUCUGUGCGAGAAAAAGUAUGUCACUGCCGUUUUAUUAGAAGAGCAUAUGAAUACUCACACAGGUGCCCGUCCAUUUAAAUGUAAGCUUUGUGAUUUCGCGAGCUCGAGCCGACAGGUGUUAAGUUAUCACAGCGCUACACAUAAGCCAGUGAAGGAUAUCAGCUGCAAAACGUGUGGCAAAGAGUUCUAUUCAAGAGGCAAAUUACGUGCUCACAUGAUUAUUCAUAACAAAGAUAAAGUUGUCAUGUGUAAGUUGUGUUCUGCCUACCUGUCUAAUGCAGAGGCACUGGAAACCCAUCACAAAAAUCUUCAUACUCAGGAUUACGUAUGCAAUAUAUGUGGCAAGCGAGUCAAGUCGAAGAAAGCCUUGCACAAUCAUCAGAAUGUUCAUUCUGCCGCAAAAUAUAAGUGUACCCUUUGCCCAAACGUGUAUAAGAGCAGCCAGAUAUUAAAGGAACAUCUGUUAAAACAUGAGGGUAUUAGAAAGUACAAGUGCGGCGUCUGUGAGAAGGCAUUUGGACAACAGUCUCACUUGGCAGCUCAUAUGGCGGUGCAUAGUAAAAUUAGAUUUCAUUGUCCUGGAUGCAACAAAGCCUUCAAUCGGCACGACAACAUGAAGAUCCAUACCAAACGGUGUAAACCGUUCCUCGAGAAUCCAGAGCUAAAGGAUCUUUUAGUUAAGAAAGAAAGGACUUCGUCAGUGAGUAAACUAACAGAGUUAAGUGACGACGUGGCUAGCAGGGACUCGUUGAACUUCGAGUCUUUCGCCGAGAAGCAGGCCGAGCAAUCAUCAAUAAAGACUGUAGACGAUAAAGAAAAGACUGCGAUGAAGUUGGGAUUGAAUAUCUCUUGUAUCAAAUCGUCGGAUAAGACAUGGACACGCGACGACGUGUUCAAAGAGAUGGGAGAGAUAACGGAACCCCACGAGAUCAGUGUCAUUGAAAUUACCGACGUCAACGAUAAAGUAGUUUCGAAGAACGACAAUCUAAUGGUCCUCGAGAACGUGCUGGGACCGGAAAGUUUUUAAUUACUUUCAACGGACGCAAUAGACUCUGAAAGUAUAUUAUAGCAAUUACGUAUUUUAUUAUGAAGGUGCCCAAAAGUACAAACCAAUAAUACAAAGGGUACUUAAGUUUCUAUUUACGGGUACUUAAGUUUUGAUGACUCCGAAACCUACCGUUUGGAUAGCCUUACGUUUGUUCUCUUUUUUCUCAUGCACACGAUGUACUCGGACAAUCAUUUCUGUGCUUUCAUAGGCUAGGAUACUCAUUAGCGUUUAAGGUCUAAAACUCGAUCGAUAUUUUUGUAACGGAAGCACGUUGUAUUUUUCCAUAUUCGAUUAGCCUUAAGUAGCUCAUUAUCAGAAAAUCGAUUUGCACGAAGGUGGAAACCGUUCGACGAUUAGCUCGCUUUUAUACUUACUCCAUUGCGAUCGCGUUAUUCGUGCACGUCGAUUUUCGUUCGAAGAAUCAUCGAGCUCGUUCUUCUUGGAAACUUCAAAUCCACGACCAAAGAAAGCGCCAUUUUAAUCUCUAGUUAGCACUACGAGUUUCGUGAAGAUUGAACGAGGUGCUCUUACGCUUAUUUCAAUUAUAAGUGACGGAAUAAGACUGAUAUUUCUAUAGAAACCGAUUACGUAACGAGACGUUCCUACACGAAGCAGUUGAAACUCGAGACGUGUUCGAUCUAACUUUAAAAAUGCAUUUUAUUUUACUUCUUCAAUCUGCGUGAGGAUACUGUCUCCGAUAUCGAGAACAUAGGAUAGUCUCUGUCCCAACAGGUUUACAGAUUUUUUAAGCUAUUUAAUUUUUUACUAUGUGAAAUGUAAUCGCGUAAGCGAGUACUUGCCAUUGAACUCAAACGAAAUGUUUGAAAGGAAGAAUAAAGAACUUUUUCGAAUAUUCCAUUCGGUUAUUACUAUUCAAAU